AUGCGUUCUUUCGUGCUGUUCUCGUUUUUGGUGCUGCUUUCCUCUGCCAUUGCAGAGUACGGUACGAGAUUUUGCUUUAAACAAAUGACAUUCAAGUUAUCUAAACUUGCACGAGCGCUUCCUUCCAAACAGUUAUUAAGAUAAAGUUUUCAAAACUAAAAUUACAUGUCGUUAAUUCCUACAAAAUAAUGGAAAUGAUUGACGUAUUGCUUGUUUGAAUCUUUUCCUCGUAAUAGUUUUGAUUCAACAAUGAAUACUCAUUUUUCGGAAAUACGUCUAUUUUAAUUAAAAGGCAAAAAAGAAAAAGAAAUUUAGUAGAAUCUUUGAACAAUUUUUUUCUCAGAAUAUUUUGGAAGUUUUGGGGUUUUUGCAAUAGAAAACAACGGAUAAACUUAUUCCUGCGAAUUUCAGAUUUUGAUUACGAUGGUUCUGGGCUUGCAGAAAACUACGGUGACAAAGUGAGUCUUUUUCCACAAGGAACACCAAAGCGCUUUCAUAAUGACAUUAAGCGAUUCCCAAACUAUAGCGCGUAAUUCGUUUUGGCAAGAAAUUUAGCUUCUCAACUAUUGCUGAUACGUCGCUGGUUUAAGACUAUGUAUCAAAAGUUUCCUCUGAAAGUAUAACUUAUUUUGUGCAAUAAAAGAAAGUAUUGAAUGUAUUCUCCGGUUGGUCAUAGCUUCAAGAAAAUACAAUUUAAAAAAAGUUUUGCUCACGUUUGGAAGUCUUCAAUCAAAAAAACUUUCAGUUCUCGAACUACCUCCAAGACAAAGAUGUACCACCUAUGCAAAAAAAAGAGAAGGUUCUUGCUCUUAUGAUCAGGAUUUUUCCUGCGCUGCGGGUAAUUUAUUCACCUUUUUCGUUGACAUGAAGAGCUUUGCUCAGGUCCGAAUGUUGGAAAUGAUCGACCUCCAAGUGGAACAAGCUGUUUAUUUGGGAAAUUUGCUGCAGAAAGCGAUGACCGACAUCGGACCUUUUGUGAGGGUUCGGUGCAUUUGCUCAUUUCAUCCAAUUUUUCCAGGCUGAGAAAGUCUUUGCCACAGCUGUCCAAACUGUUUUGAUUCCUCGCAACACCACUGAUCAAGAGAUUCAAGAAGAGAACAUGGUUUUUUUCGAUUCUCGUCUACUUUUCACUCGAAAAAAUCUUUUUUUAGAGAAUCGCUCAUUUUCUUCUGCCACGGAAACAACAACGCGCUUUGAAAUUGUUUUACGACACCUAUUCGGUAUACUUUGAUAUUAUAAUAUUAAUCAAGAAAGUUUUUUAGCAAGAAAUCGACUCAAUGCUGCAAGACCUCACUUGGCGCAAAGUUUGAAUUUUUCGGAUGUUUGGAAUCUUCUUUUUUCAUGUUUUGCACAUCUUCCGAUAAAAUUUUUUUCGAGUAUUGCUUUGUAGAGAAUUCCAUUUUUUUUACUAAAGUUUGCAAAGAUUCAAGACACGGAGCAUAAAAUUUUCUGAGAAACCGCUGUUCCGGAAAAAUCACGCUCAAAAACAUAAGUUCGCAACACAUUGUUCUUGAUUUUCCUGACUCCUCCAACCGUGAACGCGUAUAUUUUUUUCAGCACUCAAAACUGAGUCGUUAGUUCCAUUGUAUUUAAUAUUUCUACGAUUUCUCAAUUUUUUUGAUCAGUUUUUUUGUGAAGUUUGUUCUCUUUUUCCACACAUUCAAGGAACAUAAGUUUGUCGAAUAAACUGUCAAGAAGUAACGAAGACUUCAGCUUUCAGUCAAGUUUCUCCACGUGUGACGACCGGUGACAAGAGGUUCGACAACCUCAUAAUUGUAACAAACAUCCACAACUUCACGGCAUUUCUCUGCUCUUUUCUUUCUAAUAUUUUCUCUAUUUUGAACUUUCGUCUAUUCUGCGGAAAAAAAAAACGAUUCAUCAAUUCUUCAAGAAGUACGUCUUUUCCAUCUGGAUUGAUCAAAAUCUGUAUUUUUGAUUCCAGGAAAAUCAAUGAAACGAUGCUGCUAGAAAGUAGGUAAGGAUAUGGUCUGGAACACUGAAAAAGGCUAAGGUUGUAUCACAGGAAUUUUUGUUGAAAUAUUCAAUGAACGGAGGUUUUAUGAACUUUUUCUCUUUUCAAUCACGAUUCCUGACAUCUCAAAGUUUGAAAAUCAAUCGAAAGCUCAAAGUAGGAAAAGCAGAAAGCUUCGAGACUCGAAAAUUGGCAUUUUGGAGAAAAGAGAAUUGUUUCCCACGAGGAAUGUUGACUAAGCGGUUGCCAAGACAAGGUGGCCGUGUCCUGAGGGAUUAUUUACGGGGUGUCGCCAAUUUGUUGGCAGAGAGGUGCGCGAGUUAAUUGCGGUAGGCCGACGACAAGAAAAAAAAAACAAAUUUUGCAAAAGUGCCUCUUUUCGACGCCGAUUUGGGUCGCUUUUAAAUGAUUUUCGCGCUUCCGACGUCUCGAUUAGUUAUGCACGCGCAUCGGUGGGCUCGACACUAAAAAGCGAAGAAACGGAGAGCUUGCGGGAAUAGGAGAUUUCUAUCUGCGCCCUGUUCGAAGCCUAACUUUCUGCUAACUAUUCCUGUUGACGGCAUGCUUACUACCGGUCCCACCACGUUCUUUAGAACCGUCCGUCAGUCUUUCCGCAGGUUCAAAUGUUCAAAACUUAAUAAGAAAAACAAAAAUUAGCUUGUCGUUUUCUGAAAAAGCAGAAAUUUUUUUGUUGUAAACCUGAGUGUAUGAUAUACUCUCAGAAGAUUUCAUUAGGUGUUUUUCUUUAAAAAUAGCUGAACAUUGCCUGCGCUAUAUAUUUUUGCUCAAACUCUCUUUUUUGAACUGAUUCGAAAUUGAAAUUGCAAAAAGCUAGAUUCUCAGAUCGAAAAUUGUGUUUCUUGACUUCAGUUUUUUCUGCUCAUAAAACAGAAGAAAAGCUCGAAAUCGUAAGAAUUUGUAAACUCUAUUUGAGGAGUGUUUAUUUUGCAAAAGUCCAUGUCCUCCAGCCAAAAUCUAGCAACACGAGAAGGGAAUAAAUUCUAACGUUCUCGCCAAUUUUUUUUCAGCUUAAACUAAAGUUUGUACUUUUUCAUGUUCGUGAAUACUGGAUUUAGGAGAAGAAACUCUCGGAAACGAGGAAUGUCUCAUCACGUUGAGGACCCGGGUUCCACCGUUAACCUUGAGGUGGGUUUUCGUGACAUUUCUUAUGCAAGUAAGCCUGAAUUCGUGAACUUUCUCAGAAUCGGCAUUCUCUUUCGACUUGGAAGUCAAAAUUAGAGUUUUUUUCGGUUUUUCUGAUUAAAAAAAGAUAACACAAGGUAGUUACAGUGAUUGGCCAUAACUGAAGAGUAUGAAAAUGGAAUCUCACAACUACGUUACCGAUAUUCGAAAACGCGAAAAAAAAUUGAGAAUUGGCAAUGAAGUUUGAGCGUAUACAUUUACAUAUACAUUUAUUUUUUUAACUUAGAGAAACUUUGAAUACUAGAAAAAACAGUCGCUAGUGAUCUCCGUUGAAAGUAUUGAAUUUGUUUUUUUAAUUUAGUCAGUUCAAAAACUUUACUAACAAAUACUCAUCUUAUUAAUACCAAUGCUUCUCCACAGAAAGAUUGAAAACUCUAUAAAGCAACAUUUUGCAUAUUUUUGACUGUUUCAAUGGCAGUUGAGAACCCUGGUUCCGCCGUUCAAAAUACGAAAGGUAAGAACUUCUUGGCCGAGAAGCUUUUUAGUCGAGUUUUACCGGAUCCAAAAGGAACCCAACGGAGCAAAUGCGUGCCUUUUGAUUUAUCUCCAAGCAUCUUAUCGCACUUGUCAUUUGUUGUAAUUUCGCAGUGAGUGACUUCCACCGACGUUUUCCCGUCACUGAAACCCCAGCUAUUUCUUUUUAACUUCCAAGUCUCUGAUGGAUGAUUUAAUCACCGAUUGUUCAGUGUUUUGUUCAUCUUUAAAAACUAAUCAUCAGAGGAAAGAACACGCCCCGUUCUCAGGAUGCGACGCUUAUUGAGCCGACAUUCAAUGAAGUUUUCAUUGUUCUGGCGAGCAGCAUAUGUUUACAAAAGAAAUUUGUUAUUUCUUUGCGGUUUUAUUAGUUCUUCUGCCCGAUUUCCUCUCAAUGAUUCUCAUUCCCCAUAAUUAUGAACGGAUAGACAGCAUUAAAAUAACGCUUUAUCAAGCAUCCGAACUUCCCUCAGCCUAUUUUAUGUAACUUCUGAAAAAAAAUUUUUGCGGAAUCUUCGGAAAUGUUUCAUUUUUUAAACUAAUUUGAUAUUCAAUCUAUGAAAUCAUUUUAAAACUGACAUUAUAAGAGUGAAUCCAAUUUCUAUAAGUCAUUGCUAAAAUUUUAUCUCUUUGAAAAUAUGAGAAAAAAAUAUAUAAAAUUUAUGCUAACCGUUCAUAUUUUUUUAUUUUUUUAAAUCUUCAAUUUCCUGUAGAGAAAAAAAAACAAAAAACUUGUGGACUUCUUCAACAACUUCUUCAUCAUUAUCCCCGAAAUCUUGCAUAUUUUGUAGUAAUAUGGUAGCUCUGUUUGUAAUUCACUUUUUGGCGUUCACAACUUGAAUUCUUCUCUCCUCUUCCACAUUUCGAGUAACUUUUGCAAUUUUGUCUCCUUCAACUGUCAGUGAAACCAGUAUGAUGCACAAGCCAAGCGUCGCUUCGAUGCACAAAAUGAGCGCCUCGGACCGUCGUCAACGUCUGAUGCGACGAAUCCACACGCUGCAGUCAGAAGAAACGGCCAGCUACGACUUGGAGUCGCGAAGGAGCAGCUCUUCUUCUGUCAGAAUGGAGACGCCCCCACAAAUGCCCAUAAACCCAAAGUUGCUUUUUGUCCCGGAUGUUCACGUAUUAGGGCUUGAUCGAGGCGAAGAACCACCUCACAAGCGUGUAAGUUGCCGUCUCAGCGUAAAUGUCUAUUUUGUUUCAAUCUGGAUAAUCAUUUAUCUAAAAUUAAAAAAUCGGAUUAACAAAGACUUUCUUUGUUUUUCAUUUGAAGAUCCUCAAAAAAAUUGAGAGUUGAGGAUGGUCAAUAAAAAUUUUUUUGUAAUAUUUUUUUAUUAAAUUUUUUUGAUGGAACUUUUUCAGGAUGCAAUCGAAAAGAUUCCGAUGCGAGCUCGGUCUCAAAGUUGGUUGAUCAGGACCAGACAUCUACUUCACGAAGAGAGAGUAAUUUUUUUUGAGUAGCUUUUGAAUAUUUCCUCAUAAUAUUUUUCAGGAGCCGCCACCGUUAAUUUCUCAUAUGAUGUUCGCUUUUUCACUUGUACUCAUUGUGCUCUCGUUCCCCUGGUGCUUGUUCUUCUGCGUCAAAAUAAUCAAGUUUGCUCACACUCUUGGAAGCUUAAAUGUGCAUUGACGGAAAAAGCAUCAAUUGAAGGAAACGAAAUUGUUUUAUGAAAGGAAAUUGUUUCAGGGAAUAUCAACGAGCGGUGGUUUUCCGGUUGGGAAGAUUAAUUCGCGGCGGCACCAAAGGACCAGGACUUUUCAUCGUACUUCCUUGCAUUGAUACUUAUAAAAUAGUUGAAUAUCAAGGUAGAAAUUUUUGAAACAGAUUAUUUCAGGUUGAUCUACGAGUUCUUUCCUUUGACGUUCCACCUCAAGAAAUCCUCAGCCGAGACUCAGUCACAGUGUCUGUGGAGGCUGUUAUAUACUUUCGCGUAUCAAAUCCGGUAAGCCACAAAACAAUGGAAAAAAUUUUGGAUAAAGCUAACUUAUUUUACCACGCUGUUUCAAUUAUCAUGAAGUUAUCAUUUCAAUUUUUUUUUCGUCUCUCGAAGUUAAGGAAUAUAGUUUAUUUUUUCUUACUUGGAAAGGGAAAAGGGUAGAUUGGCAUCGGUAUUGCUUUACGUAUGCAUCGCGGCAUUUGGCGGGACACACUCAUGGGAAAAAGUAUAGAAAAAAAUUAAAGUUUGUAAAAAUUAUUUAGAAACUGUCAAAAAUUAAGAAUAAACGCUAGUUCGCAUUUAACCUCGACGUCUUUGCCAAAAAGCCGCGACGCGUACGCAACGCUUUACACUUACAAAUCUACUCGUAUUUUUCUAGCGUGAAUGAUUGACUAGAUUACAGUGGAAGCUUUUUUCUUGCUUCGAUUGGAAUUCCAUUUUCAGGUGAUAUCUGUUACGAAUGUGAACGACGCGCAGUUCAGCACGCGACUGUUAGCUCAGACGACAUUGAGAAACGUAUUGGGUACAAAAACUCUAAGUGAAAUGCUCAGCGAACGCGAUGCGAUAGCAACGGUCAGAAAGAGAGUCAGAUUUCGAAGCAGUUUCAAGAAUUUUCAGAUAACUGAGAAAGUCUUGGACGAAGGAACCGAUCCUUGGGGUGUGAAAGUCGAAAGAGUGGAGAUCAAAGACAUUCGGCUGCCUCACAUGCUGAUGCGCAGUAUGGCAGCCGAGGCAGAAGCCGUUCGGAACGCCCGGGCUGCCGUUAUUGCGGCCCAAGGAGAAAAAGACGCCAGCAAGUCAGUUCCUUCAAUUCCGUCUUCCAAUUUGAAUUGACAGCACCUUGUCAAAAUAUCAUUUUUCAAUGAAACAUAUUAAAAAAAGUUGGAAUAAUCAAAAGUUUCAAACUAGUUCAUCAACAUGUUCUUCAUUAGGAAAAGUGAAAGCCAGAAAGAAACAAAGCGUUUUGUGACGCCUCGAUGCUGAAAAAAAUACUCGAGAUUUUUAAAAGCUCAUCCAAGAAGUGCCAGACUUCUUUAAGAUUUUCAAAAAAAAUUUAUAAUUUUUUCUAAUAUUUUACGAUUUCAGCUUUUCCAACCAAGCAAAAAGGUUGUAACUAAACAGCAUGAAAUUAUUUUUGGCUAGAAACCACACCUCUGAAAAGCAAAAUUCCGAGAGAGGUCUUUAUUCAAUUAUUCAGAGAGUCGUCUUGUGAUCCUAACUCAGUUGAAAAGAAGGACGCGAACUAAACUUAUCGAAAAAAUUUUUUGAGAUUUUCCAUUUUCCAAAUUCCUCAAUAAAAAGUUUCUCGUCUGUACUGAAAAAUUUUUUUCACGGUCAAACACUUGAUAGAAAAUCACCUUUUACCUUUUUGUAUGUUUUCCUUCACAGUAGAAAAGCGCAACUUUGAAGCUUUUUGUUGAGUUAACCUCCAACCCAAGUCCACCAAGUUUUUUUUUUUUCAGAUGUCUUCAAAAUGCUGCAGACACUAUUUGCAACAACAGAAUGUCCAUACAACUGCGAUAUCUGCAAACUUUGACGCAUGUUGCUAUGGAAAGGUAACUUCAAUCCAGUCCAACCCCAGUUCGUUUUGUUUUUUUCCAGAAACAACACGAUAGUUCUGCCAUAUCCGAUGGAAAUAGCCAAAACGCUGGCGACGAAAUAUUCUGGAGGUCGCUAUAAACCUUUGUAA